GUGUGGGGGGGGGGGGGAAAGUGGGAGGGGGGGUUCUCUCUCAUUUUGCCCCCUUUAUCUCUAUGGCUGAGACUAAAAUUAUCUACCACGUAGAUGAAGAAGAGACUCCCUACCUGGUCAAGCUGCCAGUCCCGCCUGACAGGGUCACCCUAGCGGAUUUCAAACAUGUCCUCAACAACAGGCCUACAACCUGCUACAAAUUCUUCUUCAAAUCCAUGGACGACGACUUCGGAGUCGUGAAGGAAGAGAUUUCAGACGACAAUGCCAGGUUACCGUGCUUCAAUGGGAGAGUGGUUUCCUGGCUGGUUUUGGCAGAAAGCUGUACCUCCGACGCGGGCUCACAGUGUGCUGAGAGCCAACUGGAUUUGCCUCCCAUUGAGCGGACAGGAGGCAUCGGUCACUCAAGACCACCAUCCUUUCAUGCAAACACCACUGGCAGUCGAGAUGGCCUGGACAACGAAACAGCAACAGAAUCUAUUCUUAGCAUCAGAAGGGAUAGACAUCGGCGGCGGAUUAGAGAGAGGGAGGUACACCAGGACGGUGUCCCACGCAUCAAUGGCCACACCAAGGCAGAGCGGCAGCGAGAUCCAGGGGGCUACGAGAGCGCCUCCACGGUGAUGAGCAGCGAACUGGACUCUAGCAGCUUCAUUGACUCUGACGAUGAUGAUAACACCAGCAGGUUAAGCAACUCAACAGAGCAGAGUGUCUCAUCCCGACUCAUGAGGAGACACAAGCGGAGGAGGCGGAAGCACAAGAUGCAGCAGAUGGACAGGUCCUCAUCUUUCAGCAGCAUCACUGACUCCACCAUGUCCCUCAACAUCAUCACCGUUACCCUUAACAUGGAGAAGUACAAUUUCCUGGGGAUCAGUAUUGUGGGGCAGAGCAAUGAUCGCGGUGAUGGUGGCAUUUACAUUGGGUCCAUAAUGAAGGGUGGCGCAGUGGCAGCAGAUGGCAGAAUUGAGCCGGGUGACAUGCUGCUGCAGGUUAAUGAUGUCAAUUUUGAAAACAUGAGCAAUGAUGAUGCAGUGAGGAUUCUGCGGGAAAUUGUAUCGAAACCUGGACCAAUCAGUUUAACGGUGGCCAAAUGCUGGGAUCCAACACCGAGGAGUUACUUCACCAUUCCCAGGACUGAACCGGUGAGACCCAUCGACCCAGCAGCCUGGAUUUCUCAUACCACGGCAAUGACAGGAGGUUUCCCCCGUUACGGUAUGAGCCCGACCCUGAGUGCCAUCACAUCCACCAGUUCCUCACUAACCAGCUCCAUUCCAGACUCAGAAAAGUAUGACGACUGUCGGCUCACGGUGAAGAGUGACCUGUCCAACAUGAUCACGGUGAAGACUGACAUGGCGAGCAUUGUCAAGGCCAUGCAGUCCUGUGACUCAGGGCUGGAGAUACGGGAUAGGAUGUGGCUGAAGAUUACCAUUUCCAGUGCUGUGAUUGGUGCAGACGUGGUUGACUGGCUCUUCUCGCGUGUGCAGGGCUUCAAAGACCGUCGGGAGGCGAGGAAGUACGCGAGCAGCAUGCUGAAGCACGGCUACCUCAGGCACACGGUCAACAAGAUCACCUUCUCUGAGCAGUGCUAUUACAUCUUCGGGGAUCUCUGUACCAAUCUGGCUGCCAUGAAGUUACAUGAAGUUUCUAGUGGGACUUCAGAUCGUGAUAUGUUGGCACCUCUGCCACACCCAGCCUCUCCCUGGCCACUGGGGCAGGGCUUCCCCUGUCAGUACCCGCUGCCUCACCCCUACUACCCAACCGCCUGCCAGGAACCCAGCUUCAACUAUGGCAACGGGAGUGCCGGGAGCCAGCCCAGUGAAGGGAGUAAAAGCAGCGGAUCCAAUCGCAGCAACAGCGAGAGAAGAGCCGGUUCGGGGAAGGAAAAGGAGCGGAAAGCGGACUCCAAGUCAGCUGGCAGCGGCAGUGAGUCAGACAACAACACCCGUAACAGUGUGCGCUGUGAGCGCCCGCCCAGCCAGCUCAGCCACCGGAGCCCCAGUGAGCGCAGUCACCACAGCCACCUCUCACACGGAGCGCCGGGUGUGCCCCCACUGUACAACCUGACAAAGACAGGCCCCAAGGUGCUGGCACCCAGCGCACCACCUGGAGCCCCCCCAGGCCGGGACCUGGCCUCGGUGCCCCCUGAGCUAACCGGAAGUCGGCAGUCUUUCCAAAAGGCCAUGGGCAACCCCUGUGAAUUCUUCAUCGACAUCAUGUGACAGUGAGAGCCUGUGACACAGCAUAGCCCUGUGCUAACACCUGGGCUCUGUCCUCCGUGUCGCAAGGUCUCACAAGAGUUUUAUUUCUGGUCUGGGACUGCGAGCACUCGGUAAUUGACGGUGAGCAGAAGUGCUCAGUAAGUGUGUUCUGUCCUUACCUUCUCUGAAGAUCUGUAGAGGGAUGUUGAAGUGCUUUUGAUGCGUUUUUGUCGAUGGCUGAUGGAUGUCAGCACUGUCUCACUCUGUGGUAACAGUAUUUGGGUAUUUCAGUACGUCACACCUGUCUUUUCGAUGUGUUUUUAUUCUCCUUUACAAGCAAGCACUUUUAUAUAUAAAAAACACACACCCGCACAAAUGGUGUGACUGACAUUUAGUUCAACUAAAACGCUACUCAAAGCACAAGCAGCCCCCACCAUCCAAUUUCCCGCACACCCACCACCUCCCACAUUCCCAACUUUUUAAAAAGAAUUAUUUUUGAAGUAUUACUGGGAGGUUAAAUAGCAGUGUGAGUCUUGCACGCUGAUUAGGCCACUUUGGGGCUUGAAAUUUCCCCUUGUCUUAGCCUUUGGCCUUCAAGUUUACCGUUGGGCAGAAUUGUGGACAUUUUUCAUGUCCCUUGGAAGCCGGUUUUCCAAGGUUGCUGCAUUAAAAAUGAACUGGCUUUUCAGAUUAAAACUUCAUUUAAGAAUUUUCCACAUUUCUGCACCACCUUAAAAUUUGCAGCCAAAAUGGUGUCAUGGGCUAAAACUAGCUGGAAUUUGGGGCUCCCAUCUGAGGAUUGUGAAUGAGCAUUUAGUUAGCAGCCUGUUGCUGUCGGGAUGUUACAGCUGAUACAGAUGGUUUUGCAGGAGAUUUAUUUACAUUUUAAAGCGAAUGUUAGACUCGGGGUCAAUCCCUGACGUGCCGGUCACGUGAGCAGCGCAGGGAAUGUGGAACGAAUGAAACUCUUACCAUGAGAGGUCUCAUCCCUGUACAUGAUAGAUUGAACCCACGCACUGAGCCCCCACAUAUGCACACACACACUCUGAGUCCCCCUACGCACUGAUACCCCCCCACAGACAAUCUCUGAGCCCCCACGCACUGAUAGCCCCACGCACACACACACUCUGAGCCCCCCCCCCGCCGAUAACCCCACACAUAAUCUCCGAGCCCCUGUGCCAUGCACUGAGAACCCCCCCGUCCCCCCACUCUGUGAGGACUCCCUCCCACCCACACACACA